AAAUUAUGACAGCGCUAAUGACAGCCGAAGUUGAAGAUUGUUCUCGACUUUUUGAAAAUGCUUUUUUAUUAUUUUCAUCCACUAUGUUGCAAAUAAAAUUAACUGUGUAAAGCUCCCGGCUUAGAAUAAUCAGAUUCCUAACUACCUCUCAAUCAGACUGAUCUGGAUCGGAAGUAGAGGUUAUACAUAAGUUGUAAAAUUUAAAAGUCAUUGCAAAAUAACAGCACAAAGAUGUUUUGUUGGGGUAAUGCGACUUAUCAUGAAUUGUGCAUAGAAGGUCCAGAGACUCUUGAUUUGGUAAUAAAACCCACAUUAUCAAAAUGGCGCGAGAGCAACCAUAUAAAGGCUGUGGCUGCAGGAGAGUUCCACACAAUGUACCUGACAAACAGUGGGCACCUGUAUUCAUGUGGAAAUAAUGAAGUUGGCCAACUGGGGCGCCACACUGACAACAGAGAAGGAAAAACACCUGCACUAGUUGAAACAUUCAAAGAAUGCACAGUGUCAUCAGUAGCUUGUGGUAUACAGCACUCAGUUGCAGUGGAUGAGUGGGGACAGCUGUUCAGUUGGGGCUCAGAUAGUAUGGGCCAGUUGGGCAGCAAUUUGGGCAUGCAUGCACAAGACAAGCCUAAGUUUGUGAAAGUACUAGCCACAAGAAAUGUUAUUCAAGUUGCAUGUGGAGCUUACCAUUCAAUAGCAUUGACAAAUAAUGGUGACUUAUUUUCUUGGGGAGCAAAUAGCUAUGGACAAUGUGGAUUGGGUACUAUGACUAAUAAAGAAAUGAUUCCACAAGCAAUUACUUCACUGCUUGGAGUUCCAAUUGCAAUGAUUGCAUGCGGCAGUAACCACACAUUUGCUUUGUCCAAAUCUGGUGCAGUUUUUGGAUGGGGUAAAAAUACUCACGGCCAGUUGGGACUACAAGACAGAGAGAAUAAGUGCUACCCGUCGCAUUUGAAGACUUUGAGAAAUGUUAAGGUGUGUCAUAUUGCAUGCGGAGAAGACUUUACUGUGUUCCUAACAUUGGAUGGGGGUGUGUUCACAUGUGGCACUGGUGAAUAUGGACAGACAGGACAUGGAACAACUAAAGAUGAACUGGUUCCUAGAAAAGUCAUGGAGUUAAUGGGCAGUACGGUGACGCAAGUAGCUUGUGGGCGCCGACAUGUGCUCUGUAGGGUCGGUGACCGUAUUCUGGCGUGUGGAUAUGGUGCUCGAGGGCAACUCGGUUGUCCACAUAUGGCCUUCGCGUUAGUACCGACGCCUGUGUCCUUUGCACCCACAGAUGAAUCACCACUGAAGAAGAAACCGAAAGUCGAGGCCGCGACAGGAAUAACUAGAAAUAGCAACGCGGGCGUUUCCAAACUAACUUUUUCACAAGAGAUCUUCAAGGGACCUAUAAAAGUGUUUGCAGGGGGCGAUCACAGUUUUCUGAUCAUAGACCAUGACAGAUCUGGGCCCGUAGACUUCCGUAUACAAGAUCAUACAAAGCAAAUUGUAACACUCACUAUUCCAAAACUAGCUGCUUGUGAAGUGUUUAAAGAUUCUGAUGUUGUUAAUCAGGACAUGUUAGCAUACUUAGAAACAGUUUUCGGUUCACUGGCAUGUGUGAACGGUUCGUUCCUAGCGGCGAACAACGCUCACUUCGGCUGUAACACAAAGGUGCCUGGAGUAGACCUCAGGAAAGCAGAGGAAGCAUUCACGUUAGUUAGCAGAUUUGAAAAUACUACGAUUAAGGAACUUAUAUUCAAUCACUUGACAGAAAAUAUAAUAAAGAAGAUGAAAGUAUCGCCACCUGACGCGGAGGCUCUCAGAAUGUUCCUUAUCUUACCUUUGUAUCAUGAAAUGCGUAAUCCUCGCCGACAUGUGGAAUUACAGGGUCCGUUCGCAGAAGCUUUCAACAAUUUGUCAACCCACCCGCAGAGAAUAGUAAAUUUAUGGUGGGAGGCUCAGACGCCGGAAUAUUUUGAGAUGCUAGUUGAUAUAUUCAAGAGUGUUAUUGUAUACGAACUAAUGCAACCUACGGUGCGAGCUAACAAGAAACUUUACUUCACUCAUAGCAUAAUACAGAUACUCAAUACUCUAUCCUCAUUGAACAAAAUAAACUUUACAAAUCCAAAGAAACCGAAAAUUCCCGCAGAAUGUUUUUAUAUCGAAGACCUGAGUGACCAUGUGGACAUUGCUACUGAUUACAUAACCUGGUUAUCGGACCAUUCUUCGACUCACCCCCACAUGUGUAACUAUGCGUUCCUAUUUGAUGUUCAAUGUAAAUCAUUGUUAUUAAAAAUAGAUCAACAGUUACAAAUGCAGAUAGCAAUCAGUAGAGCAGCGACGCAAAUAUUCACACGGUUAUUCAUGGAUCCUACAUAUGAGUACCAAAGAGACCAGUUUCUCAACCUAACGGUUUCAAGGAACCAUAUUGUAAGAGACACUAUGACACAAAUCAGUAGUCAUGAAACUUCACAGUUAAAGAAACCGCUAAGGGUAGAAUUUGUUGGUGAAGAAGCAGAAGACGCAGGUGGUGUGAAAAAAGAAUUCUUUCUAUUGCUACUGAAAGAGAUCUUUGACCCUGUGUAUGGUAUGUUCAAGCAAUCAGAAGAAACAAAUAUGAUCUGGUUCUCAAAUAAUCCAUUUGAAGACGACGUCAUGUACUAUUUGAUUGGUGCCAUUUAUGGUCUCGCUAUAUACAAUUCUAUAAUUAUCUACGUUCCGUUCCCGUUGGUGUUAUACAAGAAGUUGUUGGAAGAAGCAGUGAUGUUGGAUGAUCUGUCAGACUUGUAUCCUACUCUUGCAAAUAGUCUUAAAAGUUUACUCGACUAUCCGGACGAGGAUGUGGAAGAGGUAUUUAGCUUAUGUUUCGCGGUGAAUACAGAAGUUUUCGGUCAGAUAGAAGUGCAUCCGCUGAAGGAAAAUGGCGAGAACUUGCCUGUCACCCAUGAGAACAAAGAGGAAUAUGUUGAACUAUAUGUAGAUUUCUUGCUCAAUAAGUCUGUUGAAAAUCAGUUCAAAGCUUUCAAUCAAGGCUUUCAGAAGGUUUGUGGCGGUAGAAUUAUUAAACUAUUUAGAUCACAUGAGAUGAUGUCGGUCGUCAUGGGUAACGAGGAAUACGACUGGGAGAUGUUUGAAAGUAACUGUGAAUAUAAAAAUGGUUACACUCCUACCGAUCCACAAAUCAGGUGGUUCUGGGAAACCUUCCACGAGCUUCCGCUUGAAGAUAAGAAGAAGUUCCUUUUGUUCUUGACUGGCAGUGAUCGUGUUCCGAUACAAGGAAUGAGAGAUAUUAAAAUAAGAAUCCAAGCAGUAGCAGACGACAGGUACUUCCCAGUAGCUCACACUUGCUUCAACCUCCUAGAUCUUCCACGCUACAAGACUAAAGAACGACUCAAGUACCAUUUAGUACAAGCAAUUCAACAAACACAAGGGUUCUCACUCGUUUGAUACUUACUAGUAAUUAGUCUAUUGAACUUUACCAUGGUAUCAGCUGUAUACACACUGGGUAUCAAGAUUAAUGUUCUACUGACAUUUGGUGUGUAUACAGCUCAGCACUUUAGAAUGGGACUUAGAGCGUAGUGAUUGAGUUACAAUUCUACUGCAUCUGGAAUAUAUUAAGUAAAAAAAGAAAUCGUCCAGCGAAGCGUGGAAGCGUUCGUUUAAUACGUAGUAUCAAUCAGGAGAAUAAUAUUGAAAAAUGAUGUGUAAUAAUAUUUUAAUUGUGUGGAAUUACAAAUUCAAUUAAUAAUAUAAUAAUCUAAUAAUUUGACGAGCUAAGUAAUGUGUUCCGACGUGGAACAGUCUGUGUGAGAAUGUAUGGCUCAUAUUCUUGAUUGCUAUUUAUGGUAAAUUUUAAGUACAUGUGUUCCGAAACCUUGGUUUCUAGUUCAAGCCCAAUACAAUAAUAGUAAUACGAUAUUAAAAUGCAACAAAAAUAUAUUUACCGAAUUAGCGAAUUCUGUUAAUGUUUCAUCUAUUUUUAAGCAGUUGAAAAUAUACUUUGGUUAUGUAAAUUGUUUUAGUGACAGAGUUUUAGCAUACUCAGUGCCUUUCCAUGAAACUGUAUCGUUAUUCCUGAUAUUUAAAUAUUUUAUAAUUACAUAUUUAAUAGUGUUGUAAAUCAGUUAUGCAAUAUUUUAAUAUACAAAUGUUUAAUUGUUAAUUCCGAUAAGACGAUUUACAUUUACGUUAAUGCUGCAAAGCGUGAUGUGAUAACUGGAAGUGUUCUGACACGACACACUGCAUUACAUAGUAAUACGAUAGAACAAUUUUGUAUGUCGUGUCCAGUUUAUAUUGCCGAAGUUAGACGAAGACUUGAUUACACCAAUCUAGUAUAGCAGGCCUAGCACGCACUCACCAUUAUAACGCCUAUGCAUUAUGUAAAUCUCCAAGAUUCAUCUAAUUUAAUGUAUAACACAAUAAUUGAAAUGUUACGCUUCAUUCGGUUCAGGUAUCGUUAAAAAGUUUGUCUAUUGUUAACGCGUGUAAAUAAAAGGUUUUAUCGUGGGGAGCUUGCGUAAGGAAGUUACAAGGAACACUUUUUGAACGAAAACACAAAAAGUUGCUCUGUCUCCUUACAUAAUAAUAUUCCCCAUUAUAUGUUGUUGCGUUCAAACAGUUACCUAAGAAAAAAAGUAAAUAAUUGUUUAAAGAAUCUACCGAUUUUCUUUUGUUACAAAGACUUAAUCGUUGGCCUAAAUUAAUCAUUUGAGUGCGUGCUAGAUUUGUUAUUUGACAGUUGUAAUGUUGCCAAUAGAAAACAGAAGCUAUUUCAAUAUAAGAAAUUCCUCAGACGGCCUCAAAGAGAAUCGUUUGGGGAUAAAACUAUAUUUUGUUGCUGUACGUUAGAAACAUGUAGCCAUAAUGAUAUUGUACAUAAACUGGCUACCUAUGUGAUAUUAAACUUAUGCCAUUGGUUCAAUUCGGCGACAAUACAACGGCUUUUUGUAAUUGUUACUGUUUUGUUAUACUUGUACAUGUUGUACAUAUUGGUACUGUACGUAGCUUGGCUAGAUUGCUGUUAUUAUUUUGAAGCAUUUAUGGAGCACCUCUGUCUAGGUACUCGGCGUGGUUUGUACACGAUGUAUGUAAUGUAUGAUAAUAUAAUAUUUUCAUACGUA